AUGCCGAUCAUCCUCCGUGCCAACUACUACAAGGUCAACGCGGUGCCAGACUGGGCACUGUGCCUCUACCGGGUCGACUUCAGCCCAGACGAGGAACGCACUUUCGUCAAGAAGGAAUUGUUACGUCAGCACGCGAGCGUUUUGGGGAAUUACAUCUUUGACGGAAAUCAGCUUUACGUCGCUCGGCUUCUCCCUCAGGAUCCACUGGAACUGACAUCAAAGCGACAUGAUACAGGCGAUCCCUAUUUGGUCAAGAUCCGAUUCAUCAAGGAAAUACCCGCGUCGGAUACCCUGUUUCUGCAGAUCUUCUCCAUCUUACUCCGGCGUUGCUAUGAAUACCUAGGACUGACGCAGGUGGGACGCAAUUAUUACAACAGCCAUGAGGAAGUUCAGAACCAGAAGUACAGAGUCGCAAUUUGGCCCGGCAACGUCUCGAGCAUUCGGCAACACGAGAAUGGAAUCCUCAUGAGGUUCGUGACGGGGAAACAGCUCCUUGGACUCGUUGUGAUGACUCGUUAUAACCAGAGAACGUACAGAGUCGACGACAUUGCCUGGAACCUGACCGCCAUUAGCAAGUUCUCGUGCCAGGGACAGGAAAUUACGUAUCUGGAUUACUAUGAGAAGACGUACCAAGUCAAGAUCAAGGACCCUUACCAGCCUCUGCUUCUGUCCAAACCUCGCAAACGGGACCUCCGGCGCGGGCAGGGCAACAUAUACCUCAUUCCGGAGCUAUGCGUGCCCACUGGCCUCUCUGACGACAUGCGUAGUGAUUAUAAUCUUAUGCGCGAUUUCUCGGAAUAUACGCGUAUGAGUCCGGAUAAACGCGUGGCGUCUCUGCGUCGGUUCAACACCAGGCUGUUCGAGAACCAGAAGGUCAAGGCCGAACUGAAACAAUGGGGCCUCGAUUUCUCCCAAGUCCUGACCAAUGUCCGUGGACGCGUCUUGCCCGGGGAAAUGGUCAUGCAGUCGUCUCACUCCUUCGUCUACCAGAGUUCGGAACCCGACUGGGGCAAGGACAUUAAAGACGUCCCGGUGAACGUGGCUCAGAACGUGACGAACUGGGUGCUGGUCGUGCCGGGUCGUCUCCGGAAGGAAGCCGAGGAGUUGAUGGCGGGGCUGAAGAAAAUCGGACGCGCUCUUGGUAUUACCUUCAAUAAUCCGAGUCUCCAGCUCCUGCAGCAGGACACGGCGCAGGACUACAUCCGCGCCCUCAGGAACUGCAGCGCCGUGAUGCUCGUGGUGUGCAUCCUGCCCAACGCGCGCCUCGACCGCUACGCCGCCGUCAAGAAGCACGUUUCCGCCAUCAUGGGCACGCCGUCGCAGAUGGUCCUCGCCAAGAGCAUGCAGAACAAGGCUCGUCAGGUCAGCAUCCUCCAGAAAAUUGCUCUUCAGAUCAACUGCAAGCUCGGAGGAGAAAUCUGGAACCUUCAAAUACCCUUCCAGAACACCAUGGUCGUGGGUUACGACACCUACCACGACAGUGCCAGGAAGGGUGCCUCGUGGGGUGCUGUGGUAGCUUCAUUCAACAAGAACCUGACACGUUAUUAUGGCCAGGUGUUACGUCAUGCCAACCAGGAGGAACUGACUGCGAAUUUCUGCACGGCUAUCCAGAACUCCCUGUGCCACUACGCCGAAGUCAACGGCUGUCUACCCGAACGCGUCCUCGUCUAUCGUGAUGGCGUGGGCGAGGGGCAGCUGGCGUACGUGAAGGGGACGGAGAUAGCGGCCAUUAAGGCCUGCUUCGCUGCCAACCAGUUCUCUCCGAGGUUCAGUUUCAUCGUGGUGAGCAAGCGGAUCAACACGCGCCUUUUCGCCCAGGGUUCGCGUUCGGGGAAUCCCAUCAAUCCGCCGCCCGGGACCGUCUGCGAUGACGUCAUCACGUUGCCAGAAAGGUACGACUUUUACCUCGUAAGCCAACGUGUGACUCAAGGGACAGUCACUCCGACAUCCUAUAACAUUCUCGAAGACGUUAACUCCAACUUGGAUGCUGACAGACACCAGAGGUUGGCUUAUAAGCUGACUUAUCUCUACUAUAACUGGAUGGGUCCUGUGCGAGUACCUGCACCUUGCCUCUACGCUCACAAGCUGGCUUAUAUCACGGGCCAAGCUAUACAUGACGUGCCUCACCAAGAGCUCUGUGACAAGCUCUGGUAUCUCUGA